CCAGCAAGCGCCGCUGUGUGCGCGCUCUGAGCCGGAAGCGGAAGUGCAAGCAGCAGCUGCACCACACCACAGUCUCUCGUGGGGUCGCAGCAGUGAUGAUGGCGCUGAGGGCUUCAGUGUUCAGAUGGGUUUCAGAGGACAUCAUCAGCACACACUACCUGACGAACAGAUUCACUCUUCAGACGCAGCAGAGGUGUGGCUUUCGCAAGGUAGCGAAGAAGGUGGAGCCUAAGAAGGGCGUGGCAGAAGAGGCGGAGCAAAUUGAAAUCCUUCACAAGAAGGGUGUGGCUCCUGCUCCAGACCCGCCCACCCCACACGCACCCACCAGGUCAUUUGGCAGACUGGUCAAACCAUUUGUCUUCACCAUAGGGUUUACAGGUUGUUCGUUCGGCGGAGCAGCGAUAUGGCAGUACGAAAGUCUCAAAUCUCGUGUACAGAGUUAUUUUGACGAUGUCAAAGCUGACUGGCUGGAGAAGAUCCGGCCUCAGAAACAAGGAGAUUUGCGCAAGCAGGUGAAUCAGUGGUGGAACAGUUUAAGUGAUGGGCAAAAAACAGUCACAGGCAUCAUUGCAGCCAAUGUGGUGGUGUUUUGUUGUUGGAGAGUUCCUUCUCUGCAGCGCUCCAUGCUCAAGUACUUCACAUCUGACCCCUCCUCCAAGGUGCUGUGUUGGCCCAUGCUGCUGUCCACAUUCAGUCACUAUUCUCUCUUUCACAUGGCGGCCAACAUGUACGUGCUCUGGAGUUUCUCUUCGAGCAUCGUCAACAUGAUGGGCAAAGAGCAGUUCAUGGCGCUCUACCUCUCCUCAGGUGUGAUUUCUACGUUUGUCAGUUAUGCGAGUAAAACAGCGAUGGGUCGGUUCGGUCCAUCACUGGGGGCGUCAGGGGCCAUCAUGGCUGUCCUAGCAGCUGUUUGCACCAAAAUGCCUGAAGCCAAACUGGCCAUCAUCUUCCUCCCCAUGUACACCUUCACCGCCGGAAACGCUCUCAAGGCCAUCGUUGCCUUGGAUACCGCAGGCUUGAUUCUGGGAUGGCGUUUUUUCGAUCACGCAGCUCAUUUAGGUGGAGCUUUAUUCGGCAUCUGGUAUAUCGUUUAUGGUCACGAGCUGAUUUGGAAGAACAGAGAGCCGCUGGUGAAGAUGUGGCAUGACUUCAGAACGAAAGGACCGGGUGCUGGCGGAAACGGCCCGAUCUAGAGCCAUGCAUCAUGGGUGACGUGAAGAACAAACUAUUUGGAAAAUGGACACAAAGACACAGAUAUUAAUGCACUUGAAGCUCAUAUUCUGUUUUGUAUUCUGUGGGAGAGUCAUAGCGUGAGGUCUGCUUGAGUCACAGUGAGUAUUACUGUGAUGUCAUUAUGCCCCGCCUCCGAUUUGAAAUUCGAAACCAACAAACUCCACCCACUUGUUUAAAAAUUCUAAUUUAUCAGGAGGGGCGGAGCUCUAGGGACACUAUACGUCUCAGUGACAUUCAGCAUCAUGUACAGAAACUAAAAAAGUUUAAAUAGUCUGUAACUGUAAUUUUGAAAAAUAAAAUUAUUACUUAAAA